GUGUCUGAAAGCCCCGCCGCCGAGCCGAGGGCGGCCGCCGCAGUCGGCGCGGGAUCGCGGAUCCGGGCGCAGCCGGGAGCCGGGCGCCAGCGAGCACCGGGCGGAGGAGCAGCGGCCGGCCCCCACCUCCCGGCCCGCGGCCCGCGCCCCAUCACACGGUGGCCCCCAUCCCCCUCCGGCCGGCCUCCGCCUCCCUCUCCCGCCCCUUUAAUACUUGCCCACCGCCGCCGCCACCGCCGAGUCCGCGGACAUGUCCUUCCCACAGCUGGGCUACCCGCAGUACCUGAGCGCCGCGGGGCCCGGCGCCUACGGCAGUGAGCGCCCAGGGGUGCUGGCUGCUGCCGCAGCUGCUGCAGCUGCCGCCUCGUCGGGCCGGCCAGGGACUGCGGAGCUGGGCGCUGGCGCGGGAGCGGCCGCAGUCACCUCGGUGCUGGGCAUGUACGCGGCUGCGGGACCGUACGCGGGUGCUCCCAACUACAGCGCCUUCCUGCCCUAUGCCGCCGAUCUCAGCCUCUUCUCGCAGAUGGGCUCACAGUAUGAACUCAAGGACAACCCCGGGGUGCACCCCGCCACCUUCGCAGCCCACUCAGCUCCAGCGUAUUAUCCCUAUGGCCAGUUCCAGUACGGGGACCCCGGGCGGCCCAAGAACGCCACGCGCGAGAGCACCAGCACGCUCAAGGCCUGGCUCAACGAGCACCGCAAGAACCCCUACCCCACCAAGGGCGAGAAGAUCAUGCUGGCCAUCAUCACCAAGAUGACCCUCACGCAGGUGUCCACCUGGUUCGCCAACGCGCGCAGGCGCCUCAAGAAGGAGAACAAGGUGACGUGGGGGGCGCGCAGCAAGGACCAGGAGGACGGGGCCCUCUUCGGCAGCGACACGGAGGGCGACCCUGAGAAGGCGGAGGACGACGAGGAGAUCGACCUCGAGAGCAUUGAUAUCGACAAGAUGGACGAGCACGAUGGGGAUCAGAGCAACGAGGAAGACGAGGACAAGGCCGAGGCCCCACAAGCGCCCGCCGUCUCUGCCGCCCUCACCCGGGACCAGGGCUCCCCCCUGGCAGCCACCGACGUGCUCAAGCCCCCAGACUCGCCCUUGGGCCUGGCCAAGGAGGUCCCGGAGCCCGGCAGCACGCGCUUGCUGAGCCCCGGCGCUUCGGCAGGCGGCCUGCAGGGUGCGCCGCACAGCAAGCCCAAGAUCUGGUCGCUAGCUGAGACGGCCACCAGCCCCGACGGCGCGCCCAAGACUUCUCCGCCCCCGCCCGCGGGCCACUCGGGCGCGCACGGGCCCUCGGCUGGCGCGCCGCUGCAGCACCCGGCCUUUCUGCCCAGCCACGGACUGUACACCUGCCACAUCGGCAAGUUUUCCAACUGGACCAACGGCGCAUUCCUUGCACAGGGCUCCCUGCUCAAUAUGCGCUCCUUCCUGGGCGUUGGCGCGCCGCAUGCUGCGUCCCACGGCCCGCACCUUUCUGCGCCUCCACCGCAGCAGCCACCGGUCGCUGUAACCGCAGGGACACUGCACGGAGACAAGGCAUCAACACGCAGCAGCCCUGUGCUCUCAGAGAGAGACCUGGUCCCCAGGCCGGAUUCACCAGCACCGCAGUUAAAGUCGCCCUUCCAGCCUGUACGGGACAACUCGCUGGCCCCGCAGGAGGGAACGCCGCGGAUUCUAGCAGCCCUCCCGUCAGCCUGAUUAAGGGUCUGCUUUUACUUUCGCCGGGGGAGGGGGGAGGAGUUGGGGGGGGAGGGAAUGAGGGAGGAUUAAGACGAAUAUUUCAGACCCGUGUAAAGGACAAAUAUGACAACGAUGUCUACGACUCCCAUCCAUCGCUUAACGCAGAAAGGGGCUCCUUGGCCGGAGCUGGAGUCCGGCGCUGGGCCUUGUGGCUCCCGCGCCUGUGAUUGUCCGGUUCCGUAAACGCCCCCACGUGCUUGUGUCUUUUUUUUUUUUUUCCUUUCUGUAUAUAGAGUGAUCUCAGAUUGUAAAUAGCGCGUCAGCGAACUUGUCUAAAUCAUAUAUUUUUGUCUAAUAAACUGUAUGAAAUGA